AAUAUCUUCGGUCUUGCAAAAUUUUACAAAUUUAACAGGUUCUUAAGGACGAAUUCAACGCUCCGUCGUUGACGAAACGUCGUUUUAAGGUAAGCUCUGAAAUAAUUAAUUAAACCAAGUGGUUUGUCUCAUUCACUCGCAGUGUUCCAUCAGUAACAUUGCCAGUUUGUAUUAACGAAGAAAAACUUUGUACAUUGUAAAAUAUAGACAAUCCGGUAUGAGGCGUGGGGUCUUGGUUUCAUGUGGGUCUUUCAGCAAAGUGAACCGGCAACAACACACUAGGCCACAUGAUCGCAGACAAGAGGAAGUUAUGAAAAUUUUAUCGAUGGAAAGUGCUGUGUCCCUGCUUACUCUAUUUUUUUAGAAGUGUAUUUAGUGAGAACUAAGAAAACUGAGUGUUACGAGAUAAUGUGUUUAUUUUUAUUUUGAUUAUAAACUACCGUCUACGUGUUCGCAUUAUAGAAAUUGAAAGAGGAAGCAGUUGUCAUAAACACAUGUUUCGAGGGGAAGAUGUAAAACGCUCCUUGCUUAUUAAAUGAUACAAAACUUGGCAGGUAUUUUCAGGCAGAGAAAAAUUUAAGGCAACAAAUCAAUCAAAAUACGAAUUCUUUAAGACAUUAUUUGACUUCUUUUGAAAAAAUGUAGGUUAUAUUAAGAACACAGCGUAACUGAAUAUUUAUCAGCAUACCUGUGGAAAAUGAAAAUGAGCUGAAAUCCAGUUCGCACAUACAUUUUGGAAUAAAUGAUCGUCUUCUUUGUUUUUUUUGUCCUACAUAAAUUAACGAGUGAAUCACAUGCUCCUCGUUCUUGUUCGUCAUAACUCGAGUCGAAAAUUUUACGAAAAUUUGAAAUGAGAUUGCCUAAUUGUAUUUGUUUGUUCCACAUAAAAUCAUGAGUGCACCACGUGCUACUCGUUCGAGUUUUUCAUUGAAGGCAUUUUGGGUGGCGGAUAUUUAUCUAUUAGUUUAGUUUGCAAUGACAGAAGGAAAUAUUCCAAUAUGAAAGAAAGAAAACAUUACUAUUAAUCCGAGUCAUUUCGUUAGCGCCAUACCUCCUGACUGUGGUGUACUCAAAGUUCUACGGAGCAUGCCCGAAGGUGUUAGGGUUGAAAAAACAACAUGGCGCGAUCGGUAAGAAGUAAAGAUCGUGUAGAUUAUUAUUGCUUCUGAAGACAACAGGAAAUAUAAACCCGGGGUAAAAUUGUAUCAAGUGGAAAGACUUGUCAGCAAGCGGAAAUCGUUGAACAAAGUUUCGCAUAAUAUCAGGAUAAUUGUGCAGAGUUGCAAACAAUGGACAGCUGAUUUUAUGACGAGCGUAUUUGCGUGUACACUAUAAUAAAUCACAUUUGAAUUACCUACAAUAAAAUGCCUUGCUAAAUUUCCAAAGUGGCUACCAACACAACGAAAAAGAAGUGCGGAUGCGGCGAGCGUUUUCUAUAUUUUUCGCCUUGUCAUGACAUCCCUGGUGAAAAUCUUUGAAGGAUCUUUAACGUUCCUACAAGAUCUUUAUGAGAACCUUUAAAGAUCUUGAAAAUUCUUCUUAAGAUCUUCAAGGAUCUUUCAUUUUCUUGCUAAGAUCUUCAAGGAUCUUUCAUUUUCUUCCCAGGAUCUUCAAGGAUCUUCAAAGUUCUUGCCAAUUUUGCCAAAUAAGACUUCGCUCCAUCACGUGUCAUUUCCUUGUAAACAAUUUGCAUUUAAUCACGUAUUCUAACCGCAAUAUCCAACCCCACUGGAAAAAAUUUACACUAAAUGCUACUGAUAGUCAACUUUUCACGCAAUUAUCCCACGUUUUAUCUUUUUCUACGAAUAAACUCGGCUUUUAACUACCUUGGACUUAAUCCAAUCGCGUGUUUAUUCCUUGUAAACAACCUGCAUUUUAUAAGGUAUUUCACACACAGUGGGCAAGGGCCAGAUAGGCAACAACCAAUCAAGGAGCCCUCUCUCAAAUAUUAUCCUUUUCUCUUGGGAAAUGUAUCUUCGUUUGGUCGAGAUCGCAAUAUACCUUUGGUUAGAGUCUAUUGGAGAUACAACAGAGUUUCAGUUUGCUUUUCGUGGUAAAAUUACAUGGAAUUAUAUUUUUCAGGCAUCUAACUGUUGACGAAUAAUUUUACUUUUCUCUCUGGCAGAGGAACGGCAAUAAGCGCGGUCUCUUUCGCAACUAUUAUUUGGUCUCAUCACGCUACGCGCUCUCUCUCCGUCGGGGAAUAAAUGGCGUUGUGUGACGAGACCAAACAACUGCUGCGAAGGAGAAAACAGUAAGCGUGGCACCAAUCUAUUUUAUUUUUGCUCAGAAGUAUUUCGACGGUAGAGAAAAUAGACCACAAGAUACCUGUGUGAGUUCAGAUAAAUUACGUUUUUCUCUCUUCCUCUUAAGGUGAAGUAAUGCAAUAUUUUCGUUUUUUAUAAAGUUAUGCUCUUUUUCUGUUACAAAAAUGAAAACAUUAGGUACACAAAGUGUCCCAUCUCAUCCCACCCGGUCAAAAAAAAAUAACUCUUGCAUGCUACGCAUGCCUAUGUUUUUAUUUGGAAGCCAGAAAAUUCACAAUACACUAGUUUAGUGCAAGUGACAUUAGUGCAUGACCAUUACCUUGCUUUCUUGAGCUGUACUGGGAAAUAUUGGCUCUAUGGCAUUUCUAUACUGCUGCAACCAUGGGCCAAUAUUCCCUAGUAGAGACUCGUGCUCGAAUGGUCAGUAAGAAGUUAGUACUGGCUUUGGAAAAAAUGAUCUACACUGUACAUGCAUCUCAGGCUAUUUUUAAUUCCAGAACAAUUGAUUUCCUUGUUCCUCUACAUUUCUUGAAUUUUUUUCUACGUGAAGACAGCCAGCAAGGAUUUUAUGAUAUUUGAAAAACAACCAGUCUAGAUUAUCAGGAUAAUUAAAGUUAGCAUCAAAGACAAAUCAAUUCUGUGCACAAAACAAUGUAAACAUGAAAUAAUUGCAAAAACAAUUAGUUUAAUAUACAUAUACUGGUAAACCACAAACAUCAGCACCUGUACCAAAUUGAAAUCCAUAUCAACGUACAUCAGCAAGCAUUGGUGUAUAUAUUUCAUUUUUUUCCCUGUCAUAAGUGUCCAGUUGAACUAACUGCCAGCUGCACAAAUAUGGAUGUCGGUUCAACUGGAGGAAAUUGAAUAAAAAACUUACAUAUUUUGUAAGUUUUGACCAGUAAUCCCUAUUUAAAAAUCAGAUAAGAAAAUCUUACUUUGGUUUUGUAAAAGUUGUUUCUUAUUGGAAGGGAUUCACCAUAAACUCUCUCCUCUUGUGGAGACAUGGUGGCCUUAUGAUUAGUGAGGUGGAGUCAGGGUCGAGAGGUCUGCAUUUGUAACCUGGCCUGUGCUGGACUCAGGGUCAAGAGGUCUGGGUUCCAGUCAAUGUGUUGUGUUCUUGUGCAGAACGCUUUACUCUUACAGUACCCCUCUCCACCCAGGAAUAUAAAUGGGUACCAGAAAUUAGUCAGGGGAACCUGAUGAAAUGACAGGAGGGAAGAGGGGAGGGGGAGGGCGGGGGGAGGGAACCAUGGGGUGGACUGUCAUCAUGUCUAGGGGGGAAAUAAUACCUAGUCGCUUCAUGUGAGGAAUCCAGGAUUAUAAGCUCAGGGCCUGGAUGGGCCACUCUUAAAUACAGACUUUACCUAACUACCUACAGCCUCUGGUUUAAAUAACUUCAAUUGCUGCUGUUACAAAUUAUAUCAACUUGCAACAUACAGAUGAUGAUUUUGCCCAAUUUAUCUCAGUCAAUUAGGACUGUCUUUUGUAAAUCUUAAAAUUUCCAAAAUCCAGACAGAGGCGGAGUUUCAAAAAAUUUUCAAAAAAAUCCAGACAGAGGCGGUGUUUUCUAUACUAAUGUCUGAGCACUUUGUAGGCUUCCUGCCAUCUGGCGGGACGCGUAAUUAAACACACAGUGGUAAAGGGUCCUUCCGUAGUAGCUACAAGACGCUGAAAAAACUUUUUCUCUCCACCGAAAAUCACAUCAAAAUUUGUCCUUGCUAAAUUUCAAGUGUGCUACACGUAUCAGCACCCCCCGGGGAACCCCUAUAUAUAAGAGGGCGAGGAUGCGCGCUGGGAAUUUCGAAAACGACCCUUAUAAAACUAUAAAAGGUACCUGAGUCCGUGUGGGGAGUGGUAACAACUGAUAUCUACCCCUAUAAAGUACCAAUUUGAACACAAAAAAUUGAAAAAUCUCAAAAAUAAGAACUUUUUAUCGAUGUGCUCUAGAGGCUCAAGUCAGAUCAAUAAAAAUCGUCCUAGUGCUUAUUAAAUGCUUACUUCAGCUAUUUUAUUGAGCGAAAAACACCCUAAAAAGGUACCAGCUAAGUCUCUGGCAGUCCACUAAAGUUUGAGACACCGUAAAAGGUUCCAGAUCACUGAUUUUGACCCCUGAAAGGUACGACAAGCAUCCUCACCUAUUUCCGAUCGCCUCCUCCCCCACCUCCCCCACCAACCCUGUCAGCACCUAAAAACAAAAGAUGUGAUUUGCCAACUACGAGCUAUCAGUCUCACCUCGUAAAAUUCACGUAAACUGGUUAUUUACUUAUAAAAACUUUAGGCGCUGAUCUGUCAGAUUUUUAUGCGGAAAAAAUCUGUCCUGCUUCGAGGCAGGACGGCUGUCCUUUUUUUUUUGUUUUGUGCGUCUUGACAUAAUUUGAUAGGGAUUAAAAUAACUGUACGUCUGCAUUUGUUAAACAGACUAUUCAAGUCCAGAACUCGAUGUGUGCACUUCUAGUGCAUUAAGUAUUCUUUUGUAACAUAGCCAAAGAUCUUGCGAUGUCUACUGUUCAAGCCUUUUUCUCUUUUCAAAGAGGCAUCAGAUUUAUUUUCAUGUCAAAUUUGCAGUAAACUGCUUGCGUGUCAUCCUUUGUUUUCAAGGUGUCCGACCAGGUAUGACUGAAAAUGGCACCUCGCUUUGAUAGGAAUCCUUUUGUUGUUGCUUCUUACUUCCUGAAAUUAUCACUUGAAAUUCUCUCGGUAAUGUAAAAAAAACCAACAACAACAACGCGAGUAAUACAUAUAUAUCCAAAUUCUUUCAUCACAUGAAAAGUUGUAGGACCUGAUAGCAUCUUAGGGACGGACCUAUUGGGGUGUUGGGCAAUAACCCCCGAAAAAAUUGAGCACGGGCUUAAUGGAAGAAAACAAAUCGUACAAAAGACCCCCCCCCUCCGCAUCAAAAAUCUAAUAGUCCGUCAAUAAGGUACCUUUUACGUUUUUCCAAAAUGGGUUUCAUUUCCGAAUGAAAUUAAUUUCAUGCCGCGUUUACAUGCAAGAUAAUUUAGAUUAUAAAAACAAGUAUUUAAAAAAUAAAUAAAAUAAAUAUUUUUUUGCCAGCCUCAAUAAUGUCAAGGGAUUAAGUUUAGAUGAUAAAACAAAGGAUUAUGCCGAUAGAAAUACCGGAGGUCAAGUAAAUUCGUUACAUGAGGUCACACAACUCGGGUAAUAUUCAGAGUGAAAAUUUGCAUAUUUGAGCGGUCGAACGAAAAAAAUCAUUUCUCAAAAACUAAAAUAUAUUUUCAAAAAAACUGCACCACAAUUAUUAGGACAUAUUGGGCUACAAAAUAUGAAAGUAGGAUAGAAAACGAAUUUGGACGACUUGCCGCUGUUUGUCGGAUGCAUGUUGACAUUAGCUCUUAAUUGGCUUCUGAUUUUGUGUCUAUGUAUCCCUCCCAUUCUCAGAAGGGAAAAAAUAUUUAUUUUGCGACUGGGUAAUAUGUUGAGCUGAUGUUUAAACCAUUUUCAAUCACCUUUUUUUCAGGCCAGGAUGACUUAAAAGAACAACUUUUUAAGAAGCAUCAGUCUUCUUACAGUUGCUAUGGCUACAGGAAGAAGUUCAAUUAAAGUUCCAUGUGAAAAUGAAGACUUACCUGACAAAGAAAAUGCACCAGAUUUUGACGAGGACACUUUACGAGGUGAGCUAGGUUCAACUUCGGCUUCAGUUAUUGUUAGAACAAUUUCUAUUCGAUCAGUUUCAAGAAUGCAAGCAGAUGUGGAAAAGGACAUUUACAGUGUAUGACCACUUUAAAGGAUAUUUGGCCAGUCAUGACUCUCUUCUAUGAUUACAAUAUGCUGUUCAUUGAGAAGAUCUAUGACACAGAAACUUUUGCUAUUUUCUUUUCUAACAGUUCAAAGCAAUAACACAAAGUUAUAAUAAGUUAAGACUUUAUUUGAUCAUCGUAUAACAUCCAUUGUGUAAGUUUGCAUCAUAGGUACCAUCAUCAUCAUCACCAUCAUCAUCACCAUCAUCUUUCUAUUUUAAUGAAACAUAAUCACUUUGAAACCUUCAACAUUCCCUCCCUUCUCCUCGAGCAACCCACAGGCAUUUGAUCUUCAUCCAAGCCAAAGAGGGUGGGGGGGGGGGAAGGGGGUUUUAACCCUGCCUGACUGGCGUUAGGGAAUUUGAAUAAAAACUGUCACAUCUAAUUUCCAGUAGAGUACAAGUGUUAAUUAUCAUUGAAUAUGGAGGUGUUUAAGGUAGAUAGUGUACUUUCACUAACAAAUGGCUUAGAAGAAAUAAGGCUUCAAGAUCUAGGUUUUAAAGCUUGGUCAAUUAGUUUUUAAAACUUGAUCAAUUAGUUGAAAGUGAAAUUGCUAAUUAUUUCGCCUUUUACAUAAGAUUGUGUGGGUAAUUUGAACAUUUUAUUAAAUUUGCCCAGGGAAUAGGAAUUUUAGGAAUCUCCAGGGGUUUGCCUCGAAUUGAGUGAUGCUUAUAAUUCUCAUCAUUAUUCUUACCCAUGUUGUCACCUACAUUGUUAGCAUCAUCAUAACUAUUGAAAAUCUGCAGAUUUUAAAUCUCCAGAUCUUGGCAGCUCUGACUAUACACGAAUAAUUAUUAACUACGACCACAGACUUUGACACCCAUUUAUUAAUUUUUUUUUUAAUUAUUUUAUUUUUUUCUUUGCAGCCACAGCUGAUGUUUAUAGGAAUGAGGGUAAUGAGGCCUUCAUGAAAGGAGAUUUCAUCAAUGCUAUUCAUUUUUACACCAAAGGAAUUAAAAUGAACUGCAAUGACAAAGAACUGAAGGCCAAACUGCACAACAACAGGGCAAUUGCACAUUCUAAGCUUGGUAAGAUGAUGAGAGCUUUAAUAUGCAUUUUUUUUUCUAUUUUGAAGCUAUUGAGUUGUCAGUAGUAGUUUUCUGAAAAAGGUGAUGAUUUUGAAUGCAUGCCCGGAAAAAUUUACAUCUUAUCUUGGCCUCUCAAAUAUACAAAGAAGUAACCUCUUACCCCAGAUAUCAACGAGCAUCACAAGUUUUUCCCAAAAUUAUAGUAAUGGUAGUUGGUUUGCAACAUGUAUGGUUAAUCAGAGAUAUUUAUUUCAAUAACAGGAAAUCACCAGGAUUCACUAAGGGAUGCAGAAGCAGCCAUUGAGAUAAAUCCAACUUUCCUUAAGGCAAUUGUGAGAGGUUAGAUAUGUUAGCUGUACUAUAAUAAUAGUAAUAAAAAAAAGAACUCAACACUCUAAGGUUAAAUGAGGUUAAAUGGAGUUCAAUCUUGUCUCAAUUGACUUUAAUUAAGAGGUCAAGACCACCCUGAUGUACAUUUGAAUCCAGCUCUUGACUGCUACGCCAUUACUUCCAUUAAUCAUGAUGAGAAUAUUAUUUUGAACGGGAUGAAGAACUCAAUGCGGAAUGCAAAGCAAAAUUUCAGCAUGAAUAUUUUAGUUCCUUAAGUUCAAUGAGUCACAGGUGUCAGAUAUGUUGAGAGCGUGUCCACGAGAGCACCAGUCAGUCGUGCUACAUACCAUCUCACCGAUUUCAAUGAAACUUUGCCAGUUUAAAGGGUUUACCCCAAAACUCAAAAAGACAAACUGGUUUCUGUUUUGGUUUUUUUCUGAGGGAAGAUAGACCACCCCCUCGUUUUUUUCUUAGUUUUCACCAAGAAAAUCGCUUCAAAUAGGUAAAAUGUAUAUGAAGCUCUCAUUGCAAUGGUAUUUAACCAAUUACUUUGAGGAUUUGCACACAUAUUUUUACAUCCUUUGUAAAUGUCUGCUGCGAGCAUCAGUCAGUUUGAUUGACGGCUUGUCAAUCAACAGAGGCAAAUAUACGACUGUGUUUUUAGACUUUUCGAUUCAUCCAAAUAUUUGACAACUUUGAGGUCAAAUAUCUCCCGUUGCCAGAAAGCUACAACACUAAUCUUAAUUAACCUUUAUAACCCAUUAUUUCAUCUCUGAAAAUCAUCAAAAAAAUCUUUGGGAACUACCGUAUUUUUGUCUUGGAUGCCUUUUAAAAUCUGCGACUGUGACAAGUUUCUCUUAACUACACCUGUCACGCACUUCUUGCUCUAGGCGGUCACUUGACGAAAUAAACCUACAUUUUUUAGUUCUUUAUACAAGAUGGUUGUUCAAGAAAGGUGAAAAAUGUGAAAAACUUUCGAGAUUUUUUGUAGGAACGGAAAAUUCCACGUUUAGAGAGAUGCAUGUAGACGAAAAAUCAAUGGGAAAAUCGUAGCGUUUCUUUCUUCAGUCGUUUAUUACUUUGAAGAUUUGCUAAAAUCAGCAGAUAUGGCUUUUGUGCGGCACAAAACAUUCAUUAGUCUAUAAUUUGAUUGUUUAUCAUCAUCAUUGCUCAUUUUAGGAUAUUUUAAAGCCACAUGCUGCGUGUUGGUUGAUAUUACUACAUGUUCCAGUGUACUACAACUUCGGCUUUUACAGACGAAAAAUUCUGCGCUCUCGCUCGAGAGCAAAUAUCAAUAGUUCUAUCGGACUAAAAACUGUGAUUCUAUCCCGAAAAUAAAAUUCUAUAGUGUUGUCGUUGUCAUUUACCGCCAUCGAACAUUUCCAUGCAGAACUCCGCUAAGCUAACAUCUGUUGUGUGACCCGAAGACUCUCCGUAUGAAUUAUUCAAGCGCGUUGUUCAUGCUGUCUGCUAGAUAACAAUUUCAGAAUAAUCUGCAGAUCUCUAUGAUUAUUUGCCUGCUUCGAUUGUAAAAUAUCUACAUAUUUUUUUCAAGCAUUCUAUCACUACAUAUAAAUCCACAUCUCUCUAGAUCGAGUGUUGCCGGGUUUAAUUGCGUGACUUGUAAAAUUUUAAAAUAAGAAUGAGCCAGCAGUAAUUUGACGAGUAGGCUUCCUGCAAAUCUCCCUUGAUGAAAUCCUAAGACAUAGCCAGUUGUUUUCGUGAGCAAAGACAAUAAAUAUGAAAGAAAAGUGAGAUGCAAAUGUCUUUUUUUUAGCUUAAUAGCAGCUGUACCCUCUCCUGCAGUCUUUGUCUAAAUUUUGCAAGGUCCCUCCUUAUCUUCUGCCCUGUUCGGUCAGUUUCGAAUUCUGAAGCUAGAUCAUUGGCAUCGGCCUCUCCGUCCUCAUUCAUAUUUACAGAGGGGGACCUCAUCAAUAAACUAAUUUUCGUACGGCAGAUAACCGGCUGAAGUAUCGAGCGAUUUGCUGCUGUAUCAACCGGUCAGUCUUAGACAACAUUUCUGGCUGGUGUCGUCUCUAAAAACUCUCUCGAUAUUUGGGAAAUCACAUUAGAGGCGGUUGCCUUACUAGUUUCCUCCCUUGCCCAGCACAUGUCUAGGAGAUAAUUCUCUGCUUUCUGAGAAAAGGUGGCUGUUUUUUGUGUCUUCCAAAGAGCCCAUCCAAAGUCCACUUGGCUAGUUAAGGAUUGUUCGUCAGAAUUUUUAUCUGAGGUCCGACCUUGAACGUAGCCAUCCCCUAUAGAAUGGCAAGCCGGUCUUCGUCCAUUUUCUCUUGAUCUUAUCCUAGGCGGAAUUUUUUUGUCGGCUUUACUGUGUUUGUCUUUGUCAGGGUACAUUUGGAUGGCAGCCAAUGACUGAAAAGUCUUGAUACAUCCUUCUUUUAGCAAGAAUAUCUCGCUUUCUUGUUCCGUCUAUGACGGAUUGGGUAUAGUUCUCGCGAUGACCCGCAUUCAGAAAUCUGUGCACGUUGCUGAUAACCACCCGCUUCUACGAUUAGUUUGCUGAAGGUUUCUAAUGUGAUGAGCCUAGUAAGACCCUGAGGUGCUUCAAACCGUGCCAGUUGGUCUGCGCUAUAAACUUGUCGCAGUUCUUAAGUCAGAGGGAGGAUCGCCCACCUCUAUCUAUGUGAGCUCCUCUACAGUACCUGCGUAUCCCUAGCAAUCAUAUGAUAUAAAGUUCAUCUCAGUCACAAAUCACCAGCUAGGAAAACUGAUGUUCAGAUAAGCGCUCUUCUUUCCCUUCUUCCUUAUUCAUUGCCGACUCUAAGAUAGCAGCUACAGUACGCGUUCUAUUUAGGUUUACAGUCACCUUGCCGCCACCAGGAAGACUCGCCACCAGCUUUGAUUUCUUCUGCCAUCUGCAGAUUCAUCUCUCUCCCACUUUAUGUCUCCGAUUUUUAUGAGGAGGAUACUGGCAUUUACGAACCCGAAGGUCUGAAUCUCAUACCAAGUUGUGCACGAUAUUUGAGGUACAUCGUGAAAUCGCGGCCUUCGUAAUCUCCAAAUAAGCCAAUACUCGUUAGAAUAAGCUCCAUCUCGGACGAAACGCAUGUUUGGGAUACACCGACGUCUCUCAAAUGUUUUUUUUUAAGCUGUAUACCCACGAAUUUAGAGGUAUGAGCUGUUGCCGUCCCUGCCCAGCGCGAGAAAAAUAACAUUUGGUUCUACAGUUAGUUGCAAAUGAACAAGACAACUGCACCAUCUUGACUUUAUCAAUUCGAGUGUUAGAUGGAAUUGAGGACUUUUUACACCCGCGAUUUCUUAUAUGGCAUCACUAUGAAGACGUAAUACAACUGAUACACCUACACUACAUAGGAUUAACAAUGUCUGUUGCGCUGUUGCGAGAAGGACGAAAAUAUUACCGGAAGUGUAAACUCUUUUUAAAAAGAGUUUCAGAGACGUUUCAGAGAUGUCUAUCUUUGAUCGGCUGUCACAAAAAAAUGACCCCCACUUAAAUUUACUUGGAAAAAUGAACUUACCAACUCCUUGUUGAAAAAAUUGGAAUUCAUUUGACCGAUACGCCGGCUUUUUCCUCGGGCUGCUAUAAAACAGUUCAUAAAUUGACUAAUGAAUAAAAUGUUUUGAAAUACCGUUCGGAACUUGCCUUUUUUUCUGCGUGCAAAUCAAGGGUAGAUAAAGUUUUUAAAACGUUUGACUAGAAUUUCAUGGAGUUCACCUCGAUAAUUUUCGUCGGCCAGAGUCAACACGCGCCAAGGUAAGCGACAUCGCCCUCCAGUAAAAUAAUUUUCCAAAGAAUAAACGUGGCAAGCGUGAUGAAACGCACAUUUUUUUAUCAUUGUGAUCAAAGCCCGAUGAUGUACCUAAAUUGGUACUUACGGUAUCAAACCAUUGAUUAUGACAGGAUGAGCUUAAUUUUUUCUGUCGAGGUCGACAGCGUUUUUGACGGAACAAACUAGUGAGCAUCACUGCACGAACUGAGAAAGUAAAAACUUUUAUUUAUCUCCCACGCGUUUCGUCUGACAAUAGUAGACUUCAUCAAGGAUUUUUUCAAGUAGGGUAAAUAAGCUUUCUCAUAUUCAAAUAGUAAAUAAGUUGUCUCUUUGUUAUUAAAGCCAAUAGAUAGAAUUCGCCUGGUGCGCCUAAGGUGUUAUACGUGCGUGACAUUUUCCGGACGUUACAUGUACGAGUACGUAAUCCGUUUGAGGGUCACAGAUUUAGGGUAGAUAUUUCACCCCUCAACAUCACGCAAUGUCUCUAGUUUAUAGAGGUCUUAGAACGUUUCAUUAUAUGGAGUUGCCUUCUGCGGGUAGAAGGCUGCAAGCGAAUUUCUCAGGCGUAAUUGCCUUUGAUUUCUCAUUUGAUGUUGUCGCAAACACAGUUUUUGGGAGUCACGAGACGAAAAAAACUUAUCAGGACCUAGUUUCAUGUUCUAAUGGAAAUAAAUAGCAAAUAAGAACACAUUUUCUUUAGAAACAAAGUCACAAAUGACGGGGGUUCUCUGAAACAAAUAGUGAUAGAAAAGGAUUUCAGGUCUGGUCAAUAUUGACUUUUCAUGGCCUACUUCCAAAUCUGAGGGAACGCGCUGAGGGAAUAAAAAAACAUAAUUGUGUGAUAAUGCAAGCAAGAGAAUGAAAAUCCAAUUGAAGAAAAAGGAGAAGACAUAGGAACCCGUGUUGCAGCGUGCAGAUAUCUUUCGAGCCAGACCUACACACCUAAGCCCGACACCACCCAGAGAAACUCGAAAGAGUCCUGUAUAUGAAAUAGCUCGCACGUGCAUGCAGGAGAGGCCAUGACAAUCAGCGAAAAUAAUAGCAAAUGCAAAUGAUAUUUGCAGUCAAAAAACAGGAAAAUAAGAUAACAGAAGGAUUAAGAACUUUCUAGAAGUGUCUUCUUGAAAAGAAAAGAUGAACAAUUUUUACUUCUCAUGAAAAGUCACGCAGUAACCCUACAAAUACUAUUUCUAUAGGUAGAAUUUCUUGACGGUGGAAAGUGGAAAAAACAUUUUCCAGUCUUAUUUUCUGGAAACAUGGCGUGGUUAAUUAAUUUAUGGGGCUAUUGAUAUUUCCUAUCAAAUAAGGGGGGCAGAGUUUCCCGUCAUUCGCGGUAUGGAAAAGCCGAAGUUGUUACACUCGGGAACUUGUACGUCAACAAGCAGGCGACAUGUGACUUUAAAAUCUCCUCUACUAUUACAGUUUCCUUAUUGUAAACUGUACGAUAAUGAUAAUAGACGAUCAAAGUAUAGGCUAAUGAAUGUUUUGUUCUGUACAAGUUCCCUAUGUCCUGAUUUUAGCAAAUAUUCAAAGUAAUAAACGGCUGAAGAAAGAAACGCAACGAUUUUCCCUUUGAUUUUUCGUCAACAUGCAUCUCUCUAAACGUGAAAUUUUCCAUUCCUACAAAAAAUCUCGAAAGUUUUUCACAUUUUUCACCUUUCUUGAUCAAUCAUCUUGUAUAAAGAGCUAAAAAAUGUAGGUUUAUUUCGUCAAGUGACCGCCUAGAGCAAGAAGUGCGUGACAGGUGUAGUUUAGAGAAACUUGUCACAGUCGCAGAUUUUAAAAGGUAUCCAAGACAAAAAUACGGUAGUGCCCAAAGUUUUUUUUGAUGAUUUUCAGAGAUGAAGUGAUGGGUUAUAAAGGGUAAUUAAGAUUAGUGUUGCAGCUUUCUGGCAACCGGAGAUAUUUGACCUCAAAGUUGUAAAAUAUUUAGAUGAAUCGAAAAGUCUAAAAACACGGUCGUAUAUUUGCCUCUGUUGAUUGACAAGCCGUCAAUCGAACUAACUGAUACUCGCGGCGGCCAUGAACUAAGGAUGUAAAAAUAUGUGUGCAAAUCCUCAAAGUAAUUGGUUAAAUACCAUCGCAGUGAGAGCUUCAUACAUUUUACCUAUUUGAAGCGAUCUCAUUGGUGAAAACCAAGAAAAACCGGGGGGUGGUCUAUCUCCCCACGGAAAAAACCAAAAAAGAAACCAGUCUAUUUUUUUGAGUUUUGGGGUAGAGCCUUUAAACUGACAAAGUUUCAUUGAAAUCGGUGAGAUGGCAUGUAGCACGACUGUCCGGUGCUCUCGUGGACACGCUCUUAAGUCACUAUCUAGCUGUUUUAGAAAAAAGGAUAAGGACUUACCUAACUCUUAGUGUUUUUAUGGGAGUUGUUGAUCCCAAUUUAAGUGUUCUUAGAAGUCUCAGUUGUCUGUAAAGCUAAAUAAAUCUAACUGAAACCUAAUAGGGCCUGUUUAGUUUAUUUUGUUUUGUUUUGUCUUUUUUUUUCUUCUGGUCUGUAAUGAUUUCAAUGGUUUCAGGUUCUUUUCUCAGAAUUGAGCUACAGUAAUAGUAUGCUUCUUUGUGUUGUUGCCUACAGGAGCCACUGCUUGUGUUGAAUUGAAGAGAUUUGAAGGAGCAAUCACUUGGUGUGAUAAGGGACUAGCUGUAUCCUUUGAAGGAAUCUUUCAUUUUUAACCGUGGGUAUAAAAAAAAGUUUCCAUAAUUUGAUGUUUUAAGGGAGAAAAUACAAAGAAGGGUAUUAAUUAUGAUGGGAACUUAUCAGUUCAUAUACUUUAAGUGUGUGUGAUUAAAAACAUAGGAGAAGUUAUUACCUCAUGACUUAUUAAUGAAAUUACUCAUUUUAGCCAAUUUGACUUAGUUCUACUAUCCAUGCCAAUAACUGGUACAUUAGUUUAAAUAACCCUUUAAUUUCCCAGACCAAAUUUGUAAUUAUCCUUACUGUCAACCAUACAAUUCUUGUAAUGUUAGUACAGAGAAUUCAGUACUGCAUCAACUAACUAUUUUCAAAUUGAUGUAUUUUUUUUUACUCUCAACACUUAUCUGAUUGAUAUUGUAUUGCUAUUGUAAGGAGAAAUUAUCUUUUGGUCACUCACGGGAGUUAAAGGGUUAGAAGACUAAUAUUCAUCCAGUUUAUACAUAGUACUUGGGUAGAUGAUCUCUCUAAAACAAGCCAGAACAAAAAGCUCGGUAAUGUUUACAUAUUUUAUGCAGAUUUUCUCGCCUUCGACCUUUUUCCACUACUUAGAGACUCGGAAACUUUCGUCCUGCUUGCCAAAUAAAAAAAUUUAAAGACAUGUGUUUGUGUUGUAGACUCAUUUCUUCCACUACUGUAAAACAUUUGUCUGAUGUUAAAGCUAUAUUAAUUUAAAAAUUGAGCAAGUGCUGCUCAGUUUUUGAAAACUAAGGAUUAAAUCUAGAUAUUUCGCGUUAAAUUUUGAGGCUGUAGACAGAAAAAACAUUUUUUGAAGUGUAGAUUUACUUCACAACUGACUUUAAGACUGAAUGUUGAUAAAUCAUCUACCUUUCAUGCAAAUCCCUCCUAAUGGGCCAUUUUAUAGUCGUGUACUUAGUUGCCAAGCCUUUGAUUUGGAGUGAGGCUGAAGGUGACCUUGUUGUGAUAGAGACCAGUAUCUAGAAACAAUAAUAACAAAGUAGUUUGCAUUUAAAAAGCAGCAAUGUUUUUAUCAUAACAAGGUCAGCCUUUAUCAUCCCUCUUGUUCAGAGGCUUGGGAACCAAGCACGCAAAUGUUAAAAUGGACUAUUACAUAUCAAUAUGAUCAGAAACAUAAUCUUUUUUGUGUUUCCACAUUUAACCCUUAACAUAAAAAAAGAUUGACAAAAACAAUAGGAUCUUGUCGUCAUUAAGAAUUCAGUCUGUCAGAGAAGUGGGAGAUAAGUCCAUGGCGGAAAAAGAUCCUAUUAGUCAUGACCACGUUAGCGCAAGUUCAGGUGAUAUCAAGAAAGUCAUAGACUUCUAUAAUUGGGGAGAAGAAGCCAUAGAGUACUUAAACCUAUAUCUUAAAAAAGCUAAAGAAGUAGGAGACAAGCAUGGGGAGGGAAACACUUAUGGUAAUCUUGGCAAUGCUUAUCACCGUCUGGGUGAUUUAAAAAAAGCCAUAGAGUACCACAACCUACAUCUUAAAAUAGCUAAAGAAGUAGGAGACAAGCAUGGGGAGGGUGGUGCUUAUGGCAAUCUUGGCAAUGCUUAUCAGAGUCUGGGUGAUUUCAAAAAAGCCAUAGAGUACCACAACCUACAUCUUAAAAUAGCUAAAGAAGUAGGAGACAAGCAUGGGGAGGGUAAUGCUUAUGGCAAUCUUGGCAAUGCUUAUCACAGUCUGGGUGAUUUCAAAAAAGCCAUAGAGUACCACAACCUACAUCUUAAAAUAGCUAAAGAAGUAGGAGACAAGCAUGGGGAGGGUGGUGCUUAUGGCAAUCUUGGCAAUGCUUAUCACAGUCUGGGUGAUUUCAAAAAAGCCAUAGAGUACCACAACCUAGAUCUUAAAAUAGCUAAAGAAGUAGGAGACAAGCAUGGGGAGGGUGGUGCUUAUGGCAAUCUUGGCAAUGCUUAUGAUAGUCUGGGUGAUUUAAAAAAAGCCAUAGAGUACCACAACCUACAUCUUAAAAUAGCUAAAGAAGUAGGAGACAAGCAUGGGGAGGGUGGUGCUUAUGGCAAUCUUGGCAAUGCUUAUGAUAGUCUGGGUGAUUUAAAAAAAGCCAUAGAGUAUCACAACCUACAUCUUAAAAUAGCUAAAGAAGUAGGAGACAAGCAUGGGGAGGGUGGUGCUUAUGGCAAUCUUGGCAUUGCUUAUGGCAGUCUGGGUGAUUUCAAAAAAGCCAUAGAGUACCACAACCUAGAUCUUAAAAUAGCUAAAGAAGUAGGAGACAAGCAUGGGGAGGGUGGUGCUUAUGGCAAUCUUGGCAAUGCUUAUGACAGUCUGGGUGAUUUCAAAAAAGCCAUAGAGUACCACAACCUACAUCUUAAAAUAGCUAAAGAAGUAGGAGACAAGCAUGGGGAGGGUGGUGCUUAUGGCAAUCUUGGCAAUGCUUAUCACCGUCUGGGUGAUUUCAAAAAAGCCAUAGAGUACCACAACCUACAUCUUAAAAUAGCUAAAGAAGUAGGAGACAAGCAUGGGGAGGGUGAUGCUUAUGGCAAUCUUGGCAAUGCUUAUCAGAGUCUGGGUGAUUUAAAAAAAACCAUAGAGUACUACAACCUACAUCUUAAAAUAACUAAAGAAGUAGGAGACAAGCAUGGGGAGGGUGCUAGUUAUGGCAAUCUUGGCAGUGCUUAUCGCUGUCUGGGUGAUUUAAAAAAAGCCAGAGAGUACCUCAACCUACAUCUUAAAAUAUCUAAAGAAGUAGGAGACAAAUCCAUGGAGGCAAUGGCCUACUGUUCAUUAGGAUGCGUUUCUGAGUUGCAAGGUGAACUGCCAAAAGCCGUUGAACAUUACCAAGCUAGCAUAAGCUUAUUCAAUUCCUUGAGAGUACUUCUAAAAUCUAAAGAUGAGUGGAAAGUUAAUUUUCGGAAUCAGCAUCAAAUGGCGUAUACGGGUUUGUGGAGAGUUCUCGUAGAACAAGGUAAGGUAUAUGAAGCCUUAUUUGUUGCUGAGAAAGGACGAUCUCAAGCUCUAACCGACCUCAUGGAAUCCAGGUUUUGUGGUGGAACAAGUCACCACAAGGGAGAAGAUGAAGAUUGCGCAGUUUUAAAAAACGUUCCAUCAAACACUGUCUUUCAGGCAGUGGACAAAGCUAACGUCAAUCUUUGGGUUGUGUCCGAAGGAAAACAAGUUCAGUUAAGACAAAGUAAACUCAAAGGUUUUGUUUCAGAGAAUAGUGGAUCUAGCCAGUCCUUUGAGUCGUUCAUGCUCGGUGUCUAUACACAACUUGGUGUUCGUUCUAAUGUGAGAUGCGAGAAUCGAUCUUUAGAUGCUUUGAGGGAGGGCCGUUCAAAAGUGGAUGAGAAAACCAUAGAAGCCAACCCUCAACCUCACUUCCAACAAGACGGAUGCUUGAGCACUUUGUAUGAUAUCGUUAUGAAGCCGGUGGCUGACUUGAUUCAAGGGGAUGAGCUACUCAUUAUUCCUGAUGGACCCCUGUGGAUCGCUCCUUACGCUGCAUUGAAGGAUGGUAAUUCUAAAUACCUAUGUGAAUCGUUCACAAUCCGAGUCGCUCCAUCGUUAGCAAGUCUUAGACUCAUUGCCGAUUGCCCAGAUGAUUAUCACAAAAGCAGUGAUGCGUUACUUGUAGGAGAUCCUUGGGUAUCCGAGGUUACUAACAGCGAGGGAGAGAAAGUCCUCGAACAGCUUCCGUGUGCUAAAGAAGAAGUAGAAAUGAUCGGAGAAAUUCUGAAUAUCACGCCAAUCACUGGCAGAAAAGCCACGAAACGCGAGGUGUUGAAAAGACUCAGUUCCGUUUCCUUAGUUCACUUUGCAGCACACGGAUGUAUGGAAACUGGCGAAAUUGCUCUUACACCUGACCCAGACCGAAUAUCUACUGUGCCUACCAAGAAAGAGGAUUACAUUUUAACGAUUGGAGAUGUGUUGAAUGUUCAACUUCGUGCUAAACUUGUUGUGCUCAGUUGCUGCCACAGUGGUCGGGGCGAGAUCAAGGCUGAAGGUGUGGUUGGCAUUGCACGCGCUUUUAUGGGGGCUGGUGCUCGGUCUGUUGUGGUGUCCCUGUGGGCGAUUGAUGACGAGGCUACUCUCGAGUUCAUGAAAUGCUUUUAUCAACACCUUGCAGAAGGUAAAUCUACAAGCAAGUCACUGAACCUGGCCAUGAAAAGCCUCAGAGAAUCAGAUGAGUUCCGCGACAUCAUAUACUGGGCGCCCUUUUUGCUGAUUGGAGAUGACCUC